AUGCCGUGCGAAGAGGGCUACAGCUCACACGAAAAACAGGACGUCGUCGACUCCCAACCCGGGUGGGUCUCGUGCGUCGAGCCGCAGGAGGUCUCUCCAGCGGAGGAGGAGUACUUAGAGUUUGACUACGACUCGGGGAUCGAGGAGAGCUCACAGUACGUCUUCAGCCAGCGACCGUAUUGCCGCAAUACGGCGGGUGUAGGCUGCAGCAAUGACAGUAAAGAGGAAGGCGUGUGCUGCGGGGGCCGUGCGCAGGGGGUGAAGCAGGGGGAGCAGAGGUCUUACGCGUGCGAACAAGACACUGCGUCUCGUAGGUGGCGUCUGCAGCAUCAGCAAGAGGAAAGUCUUUCACCUGGUGGCGGGCGCACCGCGCUUGUUUUCUUACUGAGCGAGGCGCGCCGCAGGCACCUCUUACACCUACGUCACCGCGGUACGGGAGAGGAAGAAGUGUUGCAGGCGCUGCGACGGUGGCGUACUGUUUCUCAAUGCCUUCUGGAGGAACUUGAUGAGUGGGGCUAUUUGAGUGCGCGGAUGAAGUUCCACAGAAUGUAUCUUUUUGAUUUGGGCAACAUUUUCUUUGACAGUGUCUCUCGCGCCAGCGAGUUGCAGCGGAACAAGGAAAAGGUUUUACAACAACUGGAUGAGCUGAAGAAGCAGAAACAAUACUUUCUGCCAGCUGAGGUCGAGGUGCCCCCGCUGGACACUUCCUCCUCUGCUGGCACGGCAACUGAGUGGGAGGUGAUGGAGAAGCCCGUUGUUGCCAGAACGUCGCCAAUUGCGAUGAACGUGGCGCACCUGAACGAACCCACUUUCACCGCGUGUCCCGAGCAGCCUGCGGUGGAGCUCGACGACGCUCUGUCACCUUCGCUUGACUCCUUACCAGAGAGCGGCGGAUGGGCAAGCAGCUCACCGUGCAGCAGUGACACGGAGGAGUACGCUGACGUGUGUUGCAGUCCACCUACAAACUACGACUCAUGGCUCUCAGCGCCUUGUCACUGA